AUGAGACUAACAACAAGUUUGAUUAUUACAUUGAUUUGUAUUAUUGGUUGUGUUGCAGUAUUGGAUGCUCAAUCUGUACUCACACCAAAGAACUUGGCAGGCCCUCCAUCAGAGUUUGAAGGCUUCGCAUUGCCUGAUAGCAAACAGGUGGCACACAGAUCAAACUCGGCACUGUCACCAAUCACAUUCACAAAGAGCAGGACAUCUGGAAAGAUUGAAUGGAUCGCGAACAUCCCCGUCGACACUGAUCACGACUUCACCCUGAGCAUCAUCUCCAACUUCACGUCCGAGUUGACGCUGAUUGCCACCCCGCCCAAGAAGGGCUGCCCACGAACAUCCCUCCAUCACAACAAGCCUAUCGUCUCAUCUGGCACCUUUGGAAUCGAUGGCAACACCAUCCCAUCGACCUCAUACCUCUGGGAGAAGGCAGUCGUGGGCGAGUGGACGGUCAAGGUCACCGCACCACACUCACUCCUCGAGAAUGAGCACUUCACGCGCCAACUCUCUGCCAACUCUCCAUCGGCAUUCUUGCUCGCUCUGAACCCAAGCGAGUUUGAGAUCUACACCUACUUGGAGUCAUACACCAACCUGUUUGUUGGUCAGCAGGUGCCUGUGCUCGCAAUGCUCACCAGCAACCAGGAGGAGUUGCCAGUCGGCGCUCGUCCAAUUGGCUACACACCAUCCCCUCUACUGGCUACCAACGUAUCGGCUUCAAUGAUUGUGAUCACGCCACAAGGCCAAGAGACCAACGUGCCAAUGUUUGAUGAUGGUCUACAUGCUGAUGGUCAAGCCAACGAUGGCCUCUACGGCGCAUUCCUGCAGCCCACAACACAGGGCAACUACGUGACCUCUGUAGUCUUUAUCGGCACAUCACCACAGGGCAACGGAUUGUUUAGAACGACUCAACACCUCAUCCCCAUCACCACUCAGUACGUCACACUCAGUGGCAACGUCCAGGCAACUCAAACAUCCGACGAGCUUGUACUCAACUUUGAGGUGGCCUCUGCCGAGCAGAAUGCGCCCGCCGUUCGUCUCUACUCUGAGGUGCACGGCACCAACGCAGCCGGCCAGCAGGUGCCCAUUGCCUGGGUGCAGGGCGUCACCCCAGUACAAAAGUCUGUCGAUCAGCUCGUGAUCCAAGCCCUGCUCAACAACAGAUGGAUCGCUGCAGCCAAUGCCACUGCGCCAUUCUUUGUAUCCAACGUCAUUGUCUCGGACAUGUCCACCUUUGUCCCAUUGAGCGAGAGUGGCACCACGCAAUCAGCCGUUAAGAUGGCCGCCAACUACAUCGAUGUGCGUGCUCUCCAAUACGAUCCACCCCUCAACAUCAUCACCAAGGAGAUGCGCGAUGGCAAGAUGCCAAAGGAGUUGGCCGAUCGCUAUGGCAAGUCCAGUACGGCCACAGGCAACGGCAAGCUCAUCCUGGUACACGGCUACUGUGCCAAGCUCGACCCAUUCACUCUGGGCGACUUUGAGAACUACGCCAGCUUCCGCGACUUUAGCCAGAACCGUCCAACCGACACGUUCGCCAAGAUGAUCGCCGACUUUGCCGCCAACCUCACCGACGGCUUCUCCUUGGUGAGUCACUCGCAGGGUGGCCUGGCCUCCCUCCACCUGGCCACAUUCUACCACAGCUACCUCGACCUCUCGCUGGCCUACGAAGGACGUCUCAUUCAGUCGAUGGGCUCGCCAUACCAGGGCACGGCGUUGGCUGGCUCUCUGGCAACGAUUGGUGGCGCCAUCGGCAUUGGAUGCUCAUCGAGCAGCGACAUGACCCUGGACGGCGCAGCACUCUGGCUCAACUCGAUACCAGCAGACAAGCGUGCAUUGGUCUACUUCACGACCACACAGUAUGGCACCGGUGCAUUGGUAAACUAUUGUAACCUUGCUGCCAACAGUGUACUUAGUUGGCCAAAUGACGGUGUCACCGACUCUGAUCACAACUUCCUUCCCGGAGCCACCUUUGCCAAUCACUUCAAGGGAUGGUGUCACUCGCCCGACCUCCACUUCCCAGCACAAUGUACCUACAAACAGAACAACGAUGAGUUCAACUCCAACUCCAUCUGGUAA